UGUAGCUAGCAGCCAUGUUUUUGCGGGAGUAGAAUCAGUAUGUGAUUCCUAUGGGGGAGGGAGGUCGCCUGAUGUUAGCUCUCUGACACCAAAUGAUUUUGUUUUGACUUGUGUAUUCAUAACACUCGGCUGAAAGGUUAGGCAACCAUGUCGGAAGAGAUUGAGGAAACACAGACCGGAGAAACAGUGGUCGAAGAACAGAAAGAGGCUGAGAACAAGAUGGUGACUCCAGAGAAGGUGGAGGAAGCCAAGCUGAAGGCAAGAUACCCCCACCUGGGGGCCAAACCAGGCGGCUCAGACUUCCUCAGGAAGAGACUACAGAAAGGACAAAAGUAUUUUGACUCUGGCGACUACAACAUGGCCAAGGCCAUCAAGAACAAGCAGCAGCCUCCUCUGGUGCCCCCCGAGAAGACUGAGAUCACGGGGGACCACAUCCCCACCCCUCAGGACCUGCCGCACAGGAAACCCUCCCUGGUGGCCAGCAAGCUGGCCGGCUGAGUUGCGUCUUCCCAGAACAGCCUCCAGCUAUCAUGCGUACAUACACACCCUCCCUCCCCCUCCUCUCCUUGUCUUUUCUUUUUCUUUUCUAUGUUAAUCAUUGUCCAGAGUUUUCUGGUUUAUUCUUUUCUCUCUCUCUCUCUCUUUCUUCUCUGUCUUGUCUGUCGUCUCCUGUUUUUCCUGUCUCUUGUUUCGUUUCGCUGUCAUGUAUUCAUUGUCCAAAUACACUGAAAUAUAGCAUCUCACAGUUGGGGAAUGGAGCUCAGGUCACAGCGUCCCACUAUGCAGACGAUGUUUGUUAUUUAAUAAUGGGUGGGGCCACAGUCCGCUGGCCCCCACGUGGAGGAAAACUCUAAAAGUUCAUUGAAGAAGUUCUUGUGCAGCGGUUCUUUCACAUGAACGCGUACAUUCACCUUGUCUAUAAAGAGUUUAGUAGUUUAAAGCUUGCACAUGUUUGAAUUGUUUCAGAGGUAUUACUCCUGGUUCUCUUACAUCAGGCCAGAACUGAAGAAGAGUCAUUUUCAAGUUUCAAAAAGAAUGCAAGUCUCUUGCUACUAAACUCUUUUGACUAAAAUGACUUGGGUCAAUGGUAAUCUUCACAGAUAUGUACAGUUACUUUGUGUCAAAACAUGGAGAAGGCAGAAAAUUUGGUAUAUUAAGACCAUUUUUGACUUGGCAAUCAUUUGAGAAAUCCAAGGUUCAUCAUGCAACUAUAGACACCAUGCUUGAAUAGGUAACAUAUACCCUCUAUGAAUGUCCUCCAUGUAAUGUCGUGUAUAUUUAGUUUAUUAUUUUGUGUUUUUUGUUUUCUUUUUUCUUUUUUGGUUUCUUUUUACAUUUACGGUUGAUGAGAACAGGUGGACUGCACUGCUACUGCUGGAGUCAUGUAUAUGGAAAAUAAAAGCCCCAGCUUGCAUGAUUAUUAA